AUGGAUCCCAACAAUCACCAUUUCAACACCCAGAAUUCUUCAAACAACCCAUUUUACAACCAAAAUCACAACAACUAUGAAGAUCCAAAUCAAAUCUCUUACCAACGUCCUCAAAAUCCCACCAAUUAUCAAGUCCCACAUCAAUUCUUCAACCAACAUCCUCAAAAUCCAAACUAUUAUCAAGUCCCACAAAAUUUUAACCAGUCAUCAAUUGUUCCAAACUCUCAUCCAUCUUAUGGAUCUGUGAGAUAUUCAUCUCAAACACCCCAGUCUAGUGGGUAUAUGCCAGUGGUUCCUGAAAAUUUUCCGAGUGUUGAUGUACCGGAAUUUCCGGAAUUUUCAACACAAGUCAAUCUUGGUGGCGGGUCAGCUGGUAAUAAAGUCAAUGAAAUCACUCAUAAGAGCAAAAAAGCCCAUUCACCCGCAUGGAACACUGCACAAAAUCUAGUGCUAAUUAGUGGGUGGAUUAAUUGUGGAACAAGCAGUGUUGUCGGAAGAAACCAGAAAGGAGAAACAUUUUGGAGAGAUAUUGCUGAGUAUUGUAAUGAGCAUUGCUCAUUCGAUCCUCCGCGUGAUUGGGUUGCCUGCCGAAACCGUUGGAAUUAUAUGAACACAAGACCGGGUAAAUGGAUUGGCGCUUAUGAUAGCGCUAAGCGUGAGCAACGAAGCGGUUGGUCGGAGGAUGAUGUUAUCGCAAGAGCGCAGGAAUUAUUCGCAAGUGGGAAGAUUGGUCAAUUUACUUUGAUGGAAGAAUGGCGAAAUACUGGCUCGAGAAGUAGUGGAUCUAAGAGAUCACACGACAUUGCAACUUAUGACCUAUGGAUCUGGCAUGGAAAGACUCCAGCUGUGAAUUUCUUUGUGAAUCAACGUCCCUAUAAUAUGGCAUACUAUCUAGCCGAUGGUAUCUAUCCUUCUUAUCCAACUUUCGUCAAAACGAUUAGACUUCCUCAAAGUGAACCCGAUAAGUUAUUUGCAAAAGUUCAGGAGGGAUGUCGGAAGGACAUCAAACGUGCAUUUGGAGUUCUUCAAGCUCGUUUUAAAAUCAUCCGUGAACCAGCUCACUUGUGGGACAUAGAUGACUUGAGUAUCAUUAUGAGGUCAUGCAUCAUAUUACAUAAUAUGAUUGUUGAGGAUGAACGAGAUUCAUAUGCUCAACGUUGGACCGAUUUUGAGCAAUCUAGGGAAGGUGGAUCUAGUACACAGCAACCAUACUCGACCGAGGUGUUACCUGCUUUUGCAAAUCAUGUGCGUGCUAGAUCCGAGUUGCGUGAUUCAAAUGUUCAUCACGAACUGCAAGCAGAUCUAGUGAAGCACAUCUGGGCAAAGUUUGGAAUGUCUCAGGAUUGAAGAUGAUUUGUAUCGUACUAAUUACGUUAUUUGUGU